AAAACUUUUUAAACCACAUUACACUGUAACUUUUCUGACCCCCCAAAAAAUUACGCUUAAGAAAUUUCCUUGUUUAUUUUCCCCCCAAUAAUAAGAUAGGAUUUACUCCCUUGAAGAAACCAAUAAAACCAGGAACAUUAAAAACUGUAGAGUGAAAAGUCAAUCUGAAACAGGUGAGUCUAUUCAGCGGGAGGCUGGAAUGCUGCACUUUCAUGCAGAAUCCCAUUUGAAAGUAAAAGGCAGUUUAUUUAUGAGAUGCAAAAAUGUGCGACUGAAGAAGCUCUUCCUCCUGCACAGGUCCAGAUGGUCUGGUGAGGGUUCAGGUGGGCAGGUGGCGAACUGCAAACAUGGAGGAACAUCUGAAGAGCUUUGCACACGGACCUGAGUGCAGAGAAAAUGGAGUGUUGUGUCACCUUCCUGCUCAUGAGAACACAAAGCAACCUGAACGACUCGGAUCAGAACCAAACAGAAGCAAAAGCAGCAGCAGAACACAGACCGGGCCAGCACCGAAACAGAACCGGUCCAUCUCAUCCUCCUGGUUUAUCCUGAAGUUGAUUCAAGAGUCGAAGGUCGUCUGUCCAGCAGCUGAAUCUGGGUCCAAACUGGGUCAUCAGUGGUUGCAGUUGAAGAAGGGAGAGAAACUCUGGACAGAACCAGAACCUCCUGCCUGUAAUGAUACUCCAUGUGUUCAGCAGACCGAUGCCACAGCGCCGCAGCAGCAGGUUCUGGUUCUGAUUGGACCCAUCCUGGAUGUGACUGGAGGAACACUCUGUCCUGCUGCAGGCGGUGAGGUGAGGCUGAUCCGCUCCGGCCCAGAUGUGGAACGUCUGUCCCCCAGAGACCCGUCCUCUGGGACGUCCUGUCCCUCCCGAGAGGCUGCAGACGCUGAGUCAGCGUCGUCCUCAGCCGACUCAGACCGAGGUCAGAGGUCGUCGGAUGAACAUGUCAACGCCUCCGCUAUCUUUGUGGAAGUGUGAUGAAAUGUCUUCGUCAGGGAGCUGAUGCAGCAGCACAGCAGUUCAAAGCACUUUACAUCAUAAAAUUCAAGAAUAAAAAGUCAUAAAAACAAUCAACCGUUGAGAAACCAAACAUUUCAUUUAGUCAAAUUCUGUAAUCAAAAUCAUCGUUACACAUCAGAUUAUUGAUCAAUGUUUCAUUUAUUAUGUUUCUAAAGCAGCUCUA